UUCAUAAUUUUUCUAGGUUUCCCGUUUUGCCCUUGGCGCAAAAAGGGCGAUGACGGCGAGAUACAAGAGGGCGACGGCGCCGUUUGAUGAGACGGCGAGGGCACGGCUGUGGGUCGCCGGAGUACCGGAGCCUGAGAUCGGGGCUGAGAGCUCGCCGGAGCUGGCGGAGCUCGUGGAUUCGUUCUACGAUGAAGGGAGCGGGAAGAGGAGCGAUUUGGGAUCCGUUAAGGGGUUGGAGAAGCUGAGGAUAGCCUUAUCGGAUUCGGGUUCGGAUCCGAUUGCGGACAGGAUCCGAUAUCUCGUUGAGAGUGUUGUUCGGGUUAACGGGUCGGGUUUGGAUGGGUUGAAUUUUCGGAUUGUGAUCCGACUCCGAGAUCACGGGUUUGAUGCUGGGGUUUGCACGUCGGUAGUGCAUGCAUGCAAACAUGAGUACGUGGACGUGAUCACCAGCACCACCACCGCACGAUACAUCGUGGAAACGAAUCUCAAAGCAGAGUUCCAGAUCGCGAGGCCAACAACAGAGUACCUCUCUCUCUUAGAAAUGGUGCCGAAGGUGUUCGUCGGAACGCCGGUGACUCUCCGGACGGUGGUGCAAACCAUGUGCACCGCCGGAGAAGUGUCCAUGAAGUGCAUGGCCAUGCACGUGCCGCCUUGGAGACGGUGGGCCUACGUGCAUGCGAAAUGGAGUGCACCUCAUGUACGUAGUGUUAGUGUUUCUCCGGCGAGGAACUCGUCGCCGGCUCGCCUGAAAGCUUGCAGGGUGGAGAUGGUCAACAAGCUUAAGAGUUUGCCAAUGGCCUCUGGUUUCUUGUAA